CACAGCUGGUGGUGACGCAACAUGCGGCUGUGCUGUGGAUGGAAUUACAGGGCAAACAGAGACAACAUUGGCACACUGGCACGAGGGAUGCCAGAUUGCGUGAAUCCCCCUCUGAGUUGUUGCCAGGUUGUACAAGACCUACUCAAGGUUUUAUAGUCCUCCCUGGAUGAUUUAUUGCACUCCUUGCUCAACCAGUGACAUGAAGCUGUUGGAAUUACUAUUUUGUCAUAACUGCAGCUCUCCAUUGCCAUCUCCAGGGCUGGAGGAUGAAUCACAGCACUAUAUUAGAACGAUGAUGUUUUUCUGCAGUAUUAUUCAAGCCAUGCACAACGAUGCAGUUUCAAUCAGCAACCAUAUGGAAGGAGCAGCAUGCUGUGUGAAUCCUGAAUCACUUCCAAAUAAACAAGAGCUAUGCAACGAGUGGAGUAACACAGCCCACAUGUAUGUAGUUGGUUGUUAUUUAAUGCAUAGGCUGGAUGAUGACGUGAUGCUGUGGGACUGUGAUGCAGUUGCAGUGCAUUGACCAGCGGGCGGCUACAGUAGCUGUCUCUCUCUUUCAAGGCAACCUUGGAUAGAAGCCAGCCUCAGCCAGCCUCAACGCAUCCCACAGAACUGCCAGAUCCAAGUGUGUAUGCAUGUGCACAAGCCUGCGCAUAUGUGUGUGCGUGCCAUCCUCCCCUCCUCCUUCCUGCCGGCAUCAUCCCUCGCUCUCCAUCAGGGAUGGUGAGGGAGUGUUUAUGGUAAGUGCGAGGAAUCAAACAUCUCUUGCUUCAAAAUCUCUCCUCUAACAUGCAGUAACUCCCUCCCGUUCCUCCUUUUUAAAUUUUUUUCCUUCCUGGUGAUCUGCCGUCUGUAUUGCUGAGGAGCCAGCCGUCUGUGCAGACCACAAGCAGCUCGGUUCUAAAGGGAUUCAAGCAUCUGCAUGGAAUUCAAGGCAUGACAACAUGCAUCCCUUGUCGUUUCAGAGCAUGUGCUGUGAAUCACACAGAAUGAUGGAGGACCAACAGCUCCCUGGAUAAACCCUGCAGACUAAAACAACAAUACAACUCAAACCAUGCACUUAAGGUGGGUGGAAAGAUGUAGCUGAGGAUCAAACGGAAACCAAUCUUGACCGUUCACAAACUCCGGUCAUCCCUGAAAGGGGCGGGGCCUGUGGAGUACCGCCCAACAUGUCCAAGAAACCCCCCAGUGGGCGGAGCAAAGGGGACCGGCAUGAUGCCAUGGCAGCAUUGCAGGCAGCCAAUGAGGAGCUGAGGGCCAAACUCACCGAAAUCCAAAUUGAACUGCAGCAGGAGAAAACCAAGGUCAGUAAGCUGGAAAGGGAGAAGUCUCAGGAGGUCCGUCACGAGCAGCACAAGUCCACGGUGGUGGUGACUGAGUUAAAAGCCAAGCUACAUGAGGAGAAACUUCGGGAGCUCCACAGCGUUCGAGAAACACUCCUGCGUCAGCACGAGUCCGAACUGGUGCGGGUGAUUAAGAUCAAAGACGGAGAGAUCCAGAGGCUCCAGGCGCUCGUCAGUGCUCUCCGAGAUGGAUCCACCGAUAAGGUGAAGUCUGCUCUGAUGGUGGAGGUGCGAGAGGAGUGCAGGAGGACUUUCGAAGGGGAGCGCAUGCGACUGCAGAAGGAGAUCUCCGAGCUGAAGCUGGUGAAGAGGCAGAUGGAGGAGGCGUUAAACGUAGCCGUUCAAUCCGACAAGAUCAAAGCCGCCAAGAUCCGCAGCGUCUACCAUCUCCACCAGGAGGAAAUCAACCGCAUCAAGAGAGAGUGUGAAAGAGAGAUCCGCAGACUGAUGGAUGAGAUUAAACUAAAGGAGCGUGCUGUCUGUGGGCUGGAGAGAGAGCUCAGCGCUCAGGCGGGCCACACGUGGAAACUACAGCAGCAGAAACAGGCUGUAGACACUCAGCUGGCCCUGCUGCGAGACUCCAGCCCCAGACGAGAGGGCCCUUAUUCACUCGCUGCAGGGGACGCAGCAGAGAACACGGCUAACCCUAUGCAGCAGUUGGAUGAGAAAGACGCUCGACGUUUCCAACUGAAAAUCGCAGAACUGAGUGCUAUUAUCCGCAAACUAGAAGACCGCAACGCACUUCUGUCAGAGGAACGCAAUGAACUGUUAAAGCGUCUCCGUGAAGCUGAGAGCCAGUAUAAGCCAUUACUGGACAAGAACAGGCGUCUCAGCCGUAAAAAUGAGGAACUGGCUCAUGCACUGAGACGCAUGGAGAACAAAGUGCAGUUUGUCACUCAGGAGAACAUCCAAAUGCGAGAGAAGGCCGGGACGAUUCGCCGGCCCAGUUCUCUGAACGAUCUGGAUCAGAGUCAAGAGGAAAGAGAGAUUGAGUUUCUCAGACUACAAGUGCUGGAACAACAGAACAUAAUCGACGAUCUGUCCAAGGCACUGGAAACCACUGGAUAUGUGAAGAGUGUAAUAGAGAGAGACAUGCUGCUGAGAUACAGGAGACAGGACAGCCUACGCCGGAAGAAGCCCUUCAGAACCUGUAGGCCGGUGGUGGAGACGUUUUUUGGCUAUGAUGAGGAAGGCUCUAUAGACUCGGACGGCUCCUCUAUUUCCUACCUCACAGACCGAACGCCCUGUACGCCAGAGGAUGACCUCGAAGAGGGAAUGCUUAAGGAGGAGACAGAGUUGCGUUUCCGUCAGCUGACGAUGGAGUAUCAGGCUCUUCAGCGAGCUUACGCGCUCCUGCAGGAGCAGGUGGGAGGAACGUUUGAUGCAGAGAAAGAGCUCAAGACUCGAGAGCAGCUUCAGGCCGAACUGAUGCGGUAUCAGACCAGAAUAUCAGAUCUGGAGUGUGUUCUAAGUCAUCAGGGACAGGAUAUGAAGUGGAUUGAGGAGAAACAAGCUUUGUAUAAACGCAACCAAGAGCUUGUAGAAAAGAUUAAAAAUAUGGAGACGGAGGAGACGCGAUUGAAAAAUGAAAUUCAGGAUGCAAAAGACCAAAACGAACUCCUGGAGUUCAGAAUUCUUGAACUUGAAGAAAGAGAGAGAAGAUCUCCAGCCAUAAACUUCCAGAACAUCCACUUUGCUGAGGGCAUGAGUCCCCUGCAGUUGUACUGUGAGGCAGAGGGUGUUACUGACAUUGUGAUCACAGAGCUGAUGAAGAAACUCGAUAUUCUGGGGGAUAACGCCGUAAGUAAUCUGACCAAUGAGGAGCAAGUGGUGGUUAUUCAUGCCAGAACAGUAUUAACAUUAGCAGAGAAGUGGUUAGAGCAAAUUGAAGUCACCAAAUCAGCAUUACAGCAGAAAAUGUUGGACAUCGAAAGUGAAAAGGAGCUCUUUAGCAAACAAAAAGGAUAUUUAGACGAGGAAUUAGACUACAGAAAGCAGUCUUUGGACCAUGCACAUAAGCGCAUCCUUGAGUUGGAGGCCAUGCUGUUUGACGCUCUGCAGCAGGAGGAGACAGGUGGGAAGGUGUCCGAGCUGCUGACCGAGCAGGACCGUGAUUCGCUGAGAGAGGCUGUAGAUCAGUGGAAGAGGCAGGUCUUGAGUGAAUUACGAGAGAGAGAUGCGCAGAUACUCAGAGAGAGGAUGGAACUGCUACAACAUGCUCAAGCGAGGAUAAAAGAGCUGGAAGAAUGGAUAGAAGCGCAGAAGCGUCAAAUAAAGGAGCUAGAAGAAAAGUUUUUAUUUUUAUUUUUAUUUUUUUCUUUAGCCUUCAUUCUUUGGUCGUAGCUCUUCCAGAAAGCAGGAAACGGUGCCAUGCGGCUCAGUGGACUCCGCUCACAGGCCUCAAGUGUUCUUCUGUUCCAGAGGAGGGUGGCACACGUGUCAUCAAAAGUCCCAGCCAUCUCUUCUGCGCUGAUACAAGACUUCAAACUGUUCACAUCAACUCUGGAACAUGGACAUGGAAUAUGGUGCUCUCAUCCUUGUGGACUAAAACUGUUUUUAUCCAACUGACCUUUUGAACUUUGCUUUGUGUGACCUCUGUGCGUGUGGAAUUUAAGGCGUUCUCUCCUUUCCCUGCUAAGCAGGUGGUGCUGGAGGCUGCUUCCCUUUGGAAGCCUGAUGAAAUGAGAGGUGUUACGUUCAGUCCUUCCUCCCACUGUUUACCCUCUCUCUGCUUUGGUUCUGGUGGUACAGUGCGUCUGGUGUUUGCGUGGUGGCACUCGCCCGCUCCUGUGCAUUGAAAGAAGUGGAACUGAAAGAUUAAUCCUGGAAUUAUAAUUAUUGUCUGGUUUUCUAAUGUACAGGAGCAGUGUUUCAAAUAAAUUUCUAAGAGGAAGACUGAAAAACUGAGA